GUGGCGCUGGCGGAGGUCGGUACAAUUCGCUGCUGCACCAAGGGACCGGAAGUGCGGCUCCAGGACGACGCGAGCAUGGCGGACGUCCCAAGCAACGCGCCAUCACAUUGUCCAGGAACAGGCAGUGAUAAUGCUGGUAAAGCUUCAGCUUGCCAGGGCUGUCCGAAUCAAGCUUUCUGUGCCUCAGGUGCCUCCAAAGCUUCAGAUCCAGCUAUUCAGGAGAUUAAGGAGAAGAUGGCAUCUGUUAAGCAUAAAAUUCUGGUUUUAUCUGGAAAAGGAGGUGUUGGCAAGAGCACUUUCAGCGCACACUUAGCCCAUGGAAUAGCGAGUGAUGACUGUAAGCAGGUUGCACUUCUGGAUGUUGAUGUGUGUGGCCCAUCCAUUCCAAAAAUCAUGGGAGUGGAAGGUGAACAGGUACACCAGAGUGGGUCAGGAUGGUCUCCAGUGUAUGUGGAAGAGAAUCUAGGUAUAAUGUCAAUAGGAUUUUUGCUCGGCAGCCUUGAUGAUGCUGUCAUUUGGAGGGGGCCAAAGAAAAAUGGUUUAAUCAAGCAAUUCCUACGGGAUGUGGACUGGGGUGAAGUAGAUUAUCUGAUUGUUGAUACACCGCCUGGUACCUCAGAUGAACAUCUUUCCAUUGUACAGUACCUGAGUGCCACACAAGUGGAUGGAGCUGUGAUCAUUACCACUCCACAGGAAGUGUCGCUACAGGAUGUGAGAAAGGAAAUCAACUUCUGUCGGAAAGUGAAUUUGCCUAUAAUUGGGGUUGUAGAAAAUAUGAGUGGCUUUGUGUGUCCAAAGUGCCAGCAUGAAUCUCAGAUUUUUCCACCAACCACCGGAGGUGCCAUGAAGAUGUGCAAGGAUUUAAGCAUUCCCUUCCUUGGUAAAGUGCCUUUGGAUCCCAGAAUAGGAAAGAGUUGUGAUGAAGGCAAGUCAUUUUUGACAGAAAUUCCAGGUUCUUCUGCAUCUAUUGCUUACAAGGAUAUUAUUCAUCGAAUCCAAGAAUACUGUGCCACUCAUCAAUCUGAUGUAGAAACAACUGCCUAAUGUACCAAAAAAUUUUCUGCAAUCUGCUGAGCGAAUUUGGUCAACUUAAGUCAGUGGAGGAAACCAAAGCUGAUGCUGAAUUUACUCUGACUGCAUAUUUUCAGUUUCAUUAAUAAUUUCUGAACUUCAGGAUAGUUCUUUGCUAUCUUGGCUCUACUCCUGUACUCAGUGAAGCUCUGAUUUUAGAUUUCAGUUUAAGUGACAAAUGGAAACGAAUGAUGGACAUAAAGAUUUGUAAUAAAGAGUCUUUUUAUACUUGUUGCACUGCUAGUGGAGAAAGACAUUUUUGAUUGGGUGGUCUGAUCAUGAUGGGAAGGGGAGUUAAAUAUAGAAUUAUUUCCCUUAUUUGACCAUUACCCAGUGUAUAGUCGGGGGCACCAGUGAAGGAAAAAGCAACAGAAUCACCAUACCAAGCAUUUGACUCAGCAAGCAGGACCUCAAUUCUCUUUUCUUCCCCCCCAAAAUACACUACAGAAUUUCACUCCUAUACUUCUUGCUCGAUUUUAUAACUAUGUGUUGAGACAAAAAGGUCAUAUGAUACCUGUAUUGUCUUCACAUUUAAGUCUGCAUUUCAACUCUGUCACCAGUAAUUUUUGAUAUUGCUGCCGAGUCUCUUUGAUGGUGAAUUACAAAUUUCUUCAAUUCCUCAAGAACUAAUUUGAACCCCAAAAGGAAGACUCUGGUCUCCUUCAACCUCUACCAAUAAAAGACAAAUUACUCAAUUGGACUGUAAUGACUUUUUUGUUUCCAAACUGACAAUAUCCUUUUAGAAAAUUGAUAGUACCAUUUGGAGUUUUCUUCAAGUGUCAGUGCUAAAUACUGUUUAAUAAAAUUUCAAUACCUCAAGUCAAAACAGUUCCACCAAAUGAACCUCUGUUAGUAUGAUGUGGAAAUAAUUGUGUUAAUAAUGAUUAUAAAUGUCACCUUUGUCCAAAUGUGAGUCGAUUAAGCUAAAUCUUUGAUUCUGUGUACUGUCUGUGUUCAGACUGGAUGAUUAGUCAGCCUGUAAUCUGGUAGAGUAACUGGGUGCCAAAAUCUGUGGUCCGUCCCCAAGGAUACUUGACAAUGGCUGGAUUCUGACUGCGUUUGUUAAAAUGUUGUAAGAUCACAAUAGUAAUCGUGUAAAUUAAUGUAAUAUACAUUGAAAUUGUAUGUUGACAUUUUAAUAAACCUGACCUCAAAGGUGA